CGACUUGCAGUAAGAUUGUGUCUCUGUCAUCUUGUGACUUGAAUUGUCAGAAUCAGAAUAAAUUGAGUUAUCAUAUCCAUCCAAGAAUCUAUCAAUAAUUGUCGAUUCAAUAAGAAAACUAUAUUAUAUUUGCUAAUAUCUUGUGAUUCUAUUCAUGCUAUUUGACGAUUGAGAAAUUUUAAAGGAUGGAAGAAGAGCAAUGUUUACAUGAGUGUGAAAAUUAUAUUCAGAGUCAUAAUAUUUCUUCAUUGUUAAAAGAUUGCAUAGUGCAAUUAUGUGUGAAUAAGCCAGAAAAUCCUGUGUCUUUUUUGAGACAAUAUCUCCAAAAAUUAGAACGAGAACAAGCAAAGGCUGCUCAAGCUGCAGCAGCUGCAUCAGAAGGUGAAGCAGAUGGAGAACUCUCUCCACUGCCUGUGCCUGGGGGACAGCCACCGCGCAGACGUGGUGGCAUUAGCGCUGAACCUGUAACAGAGGAAGAUGCUACCAGCUAUGUUAAAAAGGUGGUGCCAAAAGAUUAUAAGACUAUGGGUGCUCUUUCGCGAGCUAUAGCUUCAAAUGUACUCUUUACUCAUCUGGAUGAAUCUGAGAGAGCAGAUAUGUUCGACGCUAUGUUUCCAGUACAGUGUCUUCCUGGUGAAACUGUCAUAAGGCAAGGAGAUGAAGGAGAUAACUUUUACAUCAUUGAUUCAGGAGAAGUAGAAGUUUUAGUAAAUGGUGAACCUGUUACAACUAUUGGAGAAGGAGGCAGUUUUGGUGAAUUGGCUCUAAUAUACGGCACCCCAAGAGCAGCGACAGUGCGUGCAAGAACUCCUUUAAAACUAUGGGGUUUGGAUCGUGAUUCUUACCGUCGUAUACUUAUGGGAUCCACUAUAAGAAAACGACGCAUGUACGAUGAAUUCUUAUCACGCGUCUCAAUUUUAGAAAGUUUAGAAAAAUGGGAACGGCUAACAGUUGCAGAUGCCUUAGAACCUGUAUCUUUCACUGACGGCGAGAUCAUAGUCAGGCAAGGAGAACCUGGCAAUGACUUUUACAUCAUUGUUGAAGGAACUGCAGUGGUGCUACAGCAAAGAAGUGGCCAGGGAGAAGGUUCGGCAGUAGAAGUAGGUCGACUGGGACCUUCUGAUUAUUUUGGAGAAAUUGCAUUAUUAUUGGACAGACCACGAGCGGCUACCGUACGCGCUGCAGGGUCUCUUAAAUGUGUCAAGUUGGAUCGUGCCAGGUUCGAAAGAGUACUGGGCUUAUGUGCUGACAUUUUGAAACGUAAUAUUGCACAGUACAAUAGCUUCGUUUCGUUAUCUGUAUAACAUAGUGUUCACCAUCAUGAUAAUAAUUAUGUAUUAGAGUAAGCAGCAGAAUAUCUAGAAUAUUAGUAAGAUGAGAAGUGAUUAUGUCAGUACUUAAGUACUUUUAGUAUUGUACCUAUUGAAGAACAAAACUUGGUUACCACCUUUGUAAAUUCGAUUGAUUUUAUAAUAAUAUAAUAUAUUAUACUUGCCAAUGGGAAUGUUGAA